AUGACGUCAGCCGUGACUAAUGGCGAGCCACGUCAGGCUGACGUGGACGAGUUCAGAGAGAGCCUUUCGCGAGCAUCGCGUGUGGCGGUGCUGACAGGGUCGGGUGUGUCUGCAGCAUCAGGCGUGCCUACCUUCAGAGGGGCGGGUGGGCUCUGGCGCACCUAUGAUGCCACGGUGGGUGCCAUGCCACGGUGGGUGCCAUGCCACGGUGGGUGCCAUGCCACGGUGGGUGCCAUGCCACUGUGCCAUGCCAUGGUGCGACGCCAUGGUGUGAUGAUGGGCCAUGGUGUGAUGAUGGGCCAUGGUGUGAUGAUGGGCCAUGGUGUGAUGAUGGGCCAUGGUGUGAUGAUGGGCCAUGGUGUGAUGAUGGGCCAUGGUGUGAUGAUGGGCCAUGGUGUGAUGAUGGGCCAUGGUGUGAUGAUGGGCCAUGGUGUGAUGAUGGGCCAUGGUGUGAUGAUGGGCCAUGGUGUGAUGAUGGGCCAUGGUGUGAUGAUGGGCCAUGGUGUGAUGAUGGGCCAUGGUGUGAUGAUGGGCCAUGGUGUGAUGAUGGGCCAUGGUGUGAUGAUGGGCCAUGGUGUGAUGAUGGGCCAUGGUGUGAUGAUGGGCCAUGGCUGGGUGUGGUGGCACGGUGCACACCCAAUGCGGGCCACGCGGCGCUGGUGCGGCUGGAGCAGCGCUGCCAGCGGGAGGGCAAGGCCUUCACGCUGCUCACUCAGGUGCCCCUGUCCCUCUGCCACCCUUGGUGGUGCUGCAAGUGCCGUGUGUGGUGCCUGUAACAAGCUGCAUGCGUUGGUGCCAUGCCGCUUGUCCACUGCUUUACAGACUACAUGUUGUGAUGCCCCCAUGUCCCGCAUGCCUGCAUGCUCCCACUGCAACGUGGACGGCCUGCCAUGCGCACCCCAGCGAGUGGCUUUUGCGUGCUGCGUUCAUCACUCCACUCUCGUGCCCCUCUUGUCACUCCUGCUCUCCUCUUGCCUCCAUGGCCCUUCAUGCACUGCUCGCUGCGCAUUGGUAGCAUGCCCACCAUCAUCCAUCAUCAUGCCCACCAUCAUCCCUCAUCAUGCCCACCAUCAUCCCUCAUCAUGCCCACCAUCAUCCCUCAUCAUGCCCACCAUCAUCCCUCAUCAUGCCCACCAUCAUCCCUCAUCAUACCUCAUCAUACCCACCAUCAUCCCUCAUCAUACCUCAUCAUGCCCACCAUCAUCCCUCAUCAUACCUCAUCAUGCCCACCAUCACCCCUCGUCAUCCCCUGGAACCCCUCAGAACGUGGACGGGCUGCACACAGCGGCAGGCAGCAGCGCGCUGGUGGAGCUGCACGGCUGCCUCUGGCGCACCCGCUGCCUCACCUGUGGUGACAUCGCAGAGAACCGCACUCAACCCAUCUGCGCUGCUCUAGAGGGCAAGGGAGCGCCCAGCGAGGGUGCCAAGGCAGCGAGCAUUGCUCUCAAGGACCUGCCGCGCUGCACCAAGCUACCCGAUAGUGCAGCUUCAAGCCGACCCUGCAAGGGGUUGCUUCGGCCGGACGUGGUGUGGUUUGGGGAGUGUCUGGAUGCGCGGGUGGUGCAAGCAGCUGAGGACGCCCUCACUGGCUGCGACCUGCUGCUCGUUGUUGGCACCUCGGGAGUUGUGCAUCCAGCAGCGGGGUAUGCUCGGGUGGUGCGGGCGGCAGGGGGGCGGGUGGCGGAGUUCAACGCGGAAGCCACGGCGCUCUCCCCUCUCGCCACCUGGAAGUUCCCUGGAGACUCUGCCAUGCUUCUGCCGCUCGUGCUGGGGUGA